AUGGCGUCGAUGGCAGGACUGGAACAUGGCGAGAACGGUGAGGAAAUGAUUGUAGAUGCGCCAUCUAUGGUCAACGUGCCAGAACAGAGCAGAUCUCAGAGUUCAUUUGAUCUAGAGUCCCAGCACUCUAGGGAGCGUGUAAAACCGCCUUCCUUUCAGGCAUCGGACGAUCAUGCUCAAGCGAGCAUGCAGCUUCCAGAGGGAGUUGCAGUAGAUGACAUCCUGAAGGCAUUGGAGAACUGGGCAGAUGCUGUUCAGGCUUCAUCGGAGUUCCUUGACAAGAGAUCUUGUGCCAAGGUUGUGUCAGAGAUCAUGCAAGUGCACAAGGAGAUAACUUCAGAGACGUACACGGGCGACGCCACCAUCCUGAGCAUGAUGCAUCAGUCGGUCUUCCCCAAGAGGUUCAUCGAGACCCUCAGGGAUCUUGGCAAGUUCAACGACCUGCCGCUCAAAGAAUGUGUCGCCAUGGCGUUCGACAUCGAGUUCAAGAUGUCAGAGGGAGCUGAGAACGUGGAGGAUAGGUUCGUGGCGUACGCGCAGCAGAUGGCGACCAAGGUGGACCAGAAGCGAGAGGAGUACGAGGCGAGGAGGAAGGAGGUGGAGGACGCGAGGAGGCGAGAGCAGAUGGUUGCAGACAGACACAAGGUCGAGCUGAACAAGUCGAAGCAAGCGCUGCUAGAGCUCAAGUCCGAGGAGGAGAGGGUCAAGCGAUCCAUCGCCCAGGUCAACGCCGAGAUCGCAAGGCAGAAGGAGCUGGUGGAGAGGCUGAUGCAGGAAGGCGACACGGCCGCUGCCUCCAAGUCCACCGACGAUGCUCGACCGAGUCAAGAGCCAGAGGCCCCGAACAUGGACCAGCCAGAGCUGCGAGCAGUCUCGUUGCAGCUGAACGUGAGCAGGACGGAGCUCAACAGAGCGCUACAGAACUUGAGCGUAUCAGGGGACCAACUCAGUCUCAUCUGUCACAUGGCGGACUUCUUCAAGGAGACGCAGGAGUUCCUCAAGUCCAAGUGCAACGAGGUGCUGGUCAACGCCCUGCAGAAGGAGCAUGAGGCCAUCAAAGAGGACAAGGAAGCUCUGACUCGUUUGAUGGAGCACUACAAGGCGCGGGAUCAGAGCGCGAUAGAAGAAGAGGGAGGAGCGGACGCGCUGUCAGAUGCUCAGCGGAAACUUCUCAUAUCUAAGUACAAGCAGUUUUUCACAGACAAGGUGAGGACAACCAAAGCGAGGCAUGCGAAGCUGCGGCAUGCCGCGGCGUUCCUUGUGCUGCUCACUCAAGACGAGCCGGGCAGCUCGAGUGAGCCCCAGCAGUCCCUCGGCCAACUGUCCAGGAGCCUGAUCUCGUCUAUAGACCAGCUCUUCACCUCUGUCUACCGUGACAUCGCACGUGUGGAGGUGGAAGAGACGCAGACUCAGCCUCCUGCCCUCUCUCUCGUCCUGUACCCCAAGGACUGUCUUUCGGCCGAGCGCUGUUCCAUCGUUGUCAGCGCCUGCCUUGACGGAUGGCGUAAGUGUCCCGAAAAGGCUCCGUCGAUGGCGCGAGUGGACGUCAGCAGCUGCGAGCGGGAGGAGGAGGAGGAGUUGCAGGAGCUGCGGAGGAGCUUCGGAUCGAGCCUCUCCCAGUCCUCCACCAGCAACAUCAUGGGCUGCCUAUUCCAAGGCAUCGACAGCCUCUGCUCCUCCUCCGCUGCACAUGCCGCCGCCAUCUUCUCCAAGUUCGUGGGCACUGAGCAGGGAGCCCCGGGCGACUUUCUCCCCCUCUCUUUCGCCAUCCUGUACGCGAGGACGAGGUACAGCUGGCUCGGCAGCGUGCUGGUCCUCGACGCCAUAGGCAGCAGCUUCCCAGACGCACUGCUGGCCGAUGCUGACGUCACGGUGUUCGGCUUGCAGGACCCGGCGCAGCCGCAGGAGAUGCGGAAGAAGCUGGAGGGGCUGGAGAAGCAGAUGAGGAGCUGCCAGCCGCAGCUUGUCAUCGUCAGCUUCGAGGGAGAGUCGAGCCACAGGCAUGCGAGCUCUGACUUCCGCGCUCUGGGGUCAUGGCUGGUGAAGUUUGUCGCCUCCUCCCCAGGGUGCGGAAGGCUGCUGUCGGUGUGGAACUUGAAGGAGGGAGGGACUUCGAUGAGGCUGCCCUUCACCAACUUCAUGCUGGGAGUAAGCGAGCGAUGA